AAAGCAUAAACCCUUCAUUAUUUCUAUCAAGUACAGAUAAUAGAUUGCUAUUACGGGAAUAGAUACAAUCGUCACCUAGAGGGGGGAUGAUCAUCGACUUAAAAUGGCAUCAUUUCGACGUUUCCGUCCAAACGACUUAGACAAGUUCUCUAAGUGCAACCUCGACCCUUUGACUGAGACUUACGACCUGAGUUUUUAUCUUCAAUAUUUUGCCAAAUGGCCUUCCCUAUUCCAGGUUGCUGAAGAUCCCAAGGGAAAUAUCAUUGGUUACAUCAUGGGUAAACUCGAAAGCUCUCCAGAUUAUUUUCAAUACUCAGAACAUUACCUGCCAUGGCAUGCGCAUAUAACUGCUCUCACGGUGGCUCCCGAGGCGCGUCGUCUUGGAAUCGGAAAGAUCCUUACCGAAAACCUCCAAGUUGCAGCUGAGGCAGGUGAUGCUUGGUUUGUUGACCUUUUCGUAAGGAAAAGCAACACGAAAGCCAUCACCUUCUACGAAGGAAUGGGAUAUAGUGUUUAUCGUGUAGUAAAGGACUACUACGGCGAUAAUGUCAGCGAUCCUACCGCUCAUGGCGAAGAUGCCUAUGACAUGCGGAAGCCUAUGUCACGAGAUAAAACGUUGAAACACAUUCGGGGAGAUGGAAGAAACCAUGAGGUUCAGCCUGAAGAUGUCUUUUGACGGGGAGUUUG